CGUCUUACGAAAAACGGCAGCGUGGCCCCUCUCAGAUUUUUCUCUGCCUUCAGAUUAUGACAGGUUAUGUCACAAGAUUGAAAAAAAGUUCUCAGCUGAUUUGUGUCCUCACUGUAUUUGUGAUUAUAUUGAUUAUAUAUUAGUUGUCAUUGUUUUCAUAUAAUAAGAUAAGAAUGUCGGCGAUAAAUAUAAAGUCUCUCGCUCGUCAGGACGUUUUACACUUUUUACGUUCAUUCGACACUGUGUUAACCGAUUGUGAUGUUCCCUUUAGGAGUAUUAUGGAUGAACAUGACACCUCUGCCGAAUUCAUCGAGCGUUAUGAAUCUAUUUCGCAAACUCGGCAAACGAAUUUUCUAUGUGACCAACAACAGUACGAAGACUCGAGAUGAUUUAGUGGAAAAAUGCAAAACUCUCAAAUUUCAAGCGAACAAGGAUGAUAUUUUAUGUACAUCCAACCUGUCAGCUUGUUAUCUUCAAAGUCUAGGUUUUCGCAAGAAGGCCUAUGUUAUUGGUUCUGAAGCAAUUGCCAAGGAAUUGGAACAGGCUGGUAUUUCGUAUUGCGGAAUAGGACCAGACACAAUUAGUCAGAACACUUUAUAUUCUGUUUUUGAAAAAGAUCCUGAAGUAGCUGCAGUUAUAGUUGGUUUUGAUGAGCACUUUAGCUAUCCUAAAAUGGUAAAGGCAGCUACAUAUUUAAGUGACGCUAGUGUACAUUUUAUUGGUACCAAUACAGAUGAAAGAUUUCCAGUUUCAAACGAUGUCAUUAUACCUGGUACAGGAAGUCUAGUCAGAUGCAUAGAAAGCUGCUCAGAGAGAAAGGCGAUAAUUAUGGGUAAACCAGAGGAAUACAUGGCUAAAAUGUUGAAGGAACGCUCUAACAUCAAUCCACAACGCACUUUAAUGAUCGGAGAUCGAUGCAAUACCGAUAUAAUCUUUGGAACUCGUUGCGGUUUCCUGACUUUGUUAGUCCUGACAGGAGUAACUGCUUUAUCGGACGUCGAGAAGUGGAAGCAAUCGGGGCAACAAGAAGAACGAGAUCUUGUUCCCAAUUAUUACAUAGAUGCACUCGGCGAUUUAUUACCAUAUUUAAAAGAACUGGAAACUCUCUCUGAAGUGUCAUAAGUUUGAAAUUUAGAUAUUUAAUUAAAGAAAGUAAGCGCCAAAACGGAUUUCUAGCUAAUAUAAAGUAAUAAUAUAAUUUUUUAAUGCAACGUGCGAUAUCUCGUACACACAUAAAUAUUUAUGUGUGUACAGAACUCCUGUGACAUGAUCUCUUUGGAAUGGAGUCAAUUCUAGAAAUUCAUAUCAAUAGUGCAAUAAUGUAAAAGUCACUGGGCUCUCUCUCCUGUAUAAACAUUUAAAGGAUAUUAAACCAAAGAUAUCUCGAAUA